UUGAAGCUCAAUAGAGCUCAAUUGACCGCGUACUACAGCUGCGUGGGUUGGGUUUGGCGCUGCUUGAGUAAGUCGCACUUGGCUUCUCGCAAUGUGUUUGAUAAAGCCGAACUUGAAGGUCACGCUUGCCCGCUCCAACGUUGUUGUCGCGUUGGACGCGCUUACUUCUCACCAAUGCGUGGUGAAUUUUGCGUCGGUUUAUCGUCCUUCCUCUCACUCGCCUCACUACUUCUCUUGAUCUUCGUGCAUGUUGGCCAAAUAAACACCUCUUCUGUCCCGCACGGAGUUUCACUCGUCAAAAUCAACGUGUCCCAGUACGGCGAGGCACUUCAUGUUGCUCUCAUCGACGACAUAGACCACCUUUACACGAAUAAUGCUUCAGCUCCCCUUCAAGCUGGGGCUGGUUUACGCCAGCUCUACGAAUUUGGAUUGUACUCCCAUUGUGCCUAUGUUAAUAGCUCCGCCGGGAGAUGCACCAACACCUCAAUUCAACAAGAAUUCCGACCUUACGAAGCCCUCACGUCCGACAUGCGUGCAAACUAUACUGACAUUACGAAUUUUAUUUUGAGUGGAACGACUUUCGCAAACUCGAACUCGCUGGGGCAUAGUUCUCGAGCAGCAUACUGGAUGCUGCUGUUAGGCACCAUAUGCGCAGCAAUCGCCCUCUUCACAGGCGUAGCUAAAUACAGCUUUACUUUCUUCAUCUCAACCGGCUUUUCCGUUCUUGGAAGUGUUUUCAUCCUUAUUGGCGCGAGUAUCUGGACGACACUCAUAAAGAGAGCUGAGACUGUCAAUUCCAUUAUGAUUGGAAAUGCCUCAAACCCGGUGUCUGUGGGCAUUCAGGUUUCGUCUGGCCCCGCACUAUUCCUCAUGUGGGCCUCCUUCGCGUCACUAUUUGUUUCGGUGGUACCAUACAUGAUUAGUUGCUGUACCUACCGUGGAUAG